AUGCAAUACUCUACUGUCGCUUCUAUCGCUGCCAUCGCCGCCGUUGCCUCUGCUGCCUCCAACGUUACCACUUCCACCGUCAGAGAAGAAUCUACCACUUUGGUCACCGUCACUUCUUGUGAAGACCAUGUCUGUUCUGAAACUAUCUCCCCAGCUUUAGUUUCUACUGCUACUGUCACCGUAAAUGACGUUAUCACUCAAUACACCACUUGGUGUCCAUUGCCAACCACUGAAGCUCCAAAGAACACCACAUCUCCAGGUCCAGCACCAACUGAAAAUCCAACCAAACAUGGUUCUUCCGUCCCAACUGUCACCUCUUACACCGGUGCUGCUGUCAGAGCCUUGCCAGCUGCUGGUGCUUUGUUUGCCGGUGCUGCCGCUUUGUUGUUGUAA